UCCCUGCUGCUCACCAGAAUACCGACGUCUCAUGCCAAGCUAGCUCACUGGAGACCAGCAGACUCCCCUAAAUCCAGAGAGGGUCGAGAAGUGCGGAGGUGGUUGGAGGUGUACUCACGGAGUGGCUGUGAGCCCCGGGAAACUCUGGUGGAGGUUUGGCGUGAGCUGCCUGGGGAGACACAUCACCUCUUUAUCCCAUCCUGUGUGUCAGUGAGACGAUGUGGCGGCUGCUGUGCUGACGAGGCCCUGGAGUGUGUGCCCACGCUCACACACACACUCACCAUGGAGCUAAUGAGGACCUCGUUCAUGAAACACGAGCUCAUUGAGUUGCCCUUUGUUGAGCACAGCCAGUGUGAGUGCAGAUUAAAAGAACAAUUGCUGCCAACACCUACUACAAGGCCCUAUUUGAAGCCAACAAGGAAGAGCAAGAAAAAGGAGCGGGAAAAGUCCGGUCGAAGGACAAGUGGAGCCACCGUAGCUGCGACCCAAGCUCCAACAACUCUUCCUCCCCCAUCCUCUCCUUCUCCUCCAUCACCUCCUCCCACCAACAUUUCUUCCUCUCCCUCUACAAGGCCUCAGUGCCGCCCCUGUAGAGGAAGGAAGUGGGCACUGGAUGCAACGUCAUGUCAGUGUCGCUGCACCAUCAGUGCUGAAAGCUGCAUCCAGAAAGGCCGGAGGCUCAACCCUCUCCGCUGCAGGUGUGAUGCAAUGAGGACUUGAUGUGUCUGCCCACUUCCUUUACACUUCCUUCCCUCCACCAACCCCUGCUGAUUCAUCGCCCACUCUCAGCAUCACUGCCAUGGAGCAUACAGACUCUUGGACAUCUAGUAUCUCACACUGAAGGAAAUAUUAGUGGAAGCACACAUAAGAACCUGUAGUAGUGCUCUAGUAAAGCAACACAUGCAGCAUAACAGCCUUGAUAUACUGUAGAUCUACAUGCAUGUGUGUGUGCAGGCAGGCAUCUUACCAGCUCCUCGCUUCUGUGAAAGCCUCUGUCAGUCCAUAUGCAUAUGCGUGUACAGACAUGUAGAGUCAUAAAACGCAUUCCAUCAGUGGAUGGAUGAAAGUAGCAGAAAAAUGGUGACUUUGAGAGAAGUGGAAAUAACCAGACAGAAUCUAGUUUGAUGAACACAAUCACACACGCCAAAUCGUACUGCUGUCUUGCUGUGGUUUGUUGCAUGGACUCCAAGAAGUUCUUUUCACCAACAGCUGCAUUUAUAAAUACAAAGAUCCGUGAUCAUACUAUAGUAAAACAAGAGAGAUGCAGUGGAUUGGUCUUACACAAGUGUAUUAGGUGUGACACUUCAGUGGAAGUUGUGAAUGUUUCUGACAAGGAAACUGCACAUGGAGACGGAUUACAGGGUUAAGUCAAGGCCUAUUGUUGUGUGGAGGAUUUAGAAAAAAAAAAUGGGAACAGCUUACUGGUGGACAUAUACACACUUAGACCACAUAGACAUACCACAUGCACAUCUAUAGGUCCACAUUGUGCGUGGACCAGUAGUUGAGCUGAAUGCUGGAUGUGUGUAUCUGUGUGGUCUCCCCGCUGAAAGACCCUGGUGGGUUAUCCCUGCAGCCCUUCUCUCUCAUUCAAAGCGUUUGACCACGGGCUGGCUCUCCAAGCCGCUUUCCUGCAUUUGUUUAAUUUUAGGCCUUUUGUCUCCAUCUUUUCUCAGCUCAAUUGAAAGCGGCUGCUUUGUCUCUCUUUGCCUCUCUUUGAGGCAGUGAGGUGCAUGACAAUAAUGAGGCUUGGCGGCUGUCCACUGCUUCACACACACAAACAUUCACACUUAUAAUACCAGGAACACAGAGCGACACUGCAAACACACAUACAACCUCACCCACUCUGCGCUAUAGCAGGCACACAUACGUACAUUUAUACAAACACACACGCAAUGUGAAAUGAAUGCAGGUAGCCAUAAGCUUUUGUUUAUGCCACACCAAGUGUGGAAAUGUUAUGUCAGUUGUUUAUAUUUGCAAUUUACUGCAAAAUCUUCAUUAAGUAUUGUAUUAUAAGCCUCUGUUUUAUAUUUUAUUUUAAUUCUGACAAGUUGAUUGAAAGAUAUUCUAUACGUGUCUUUGUUUUGUUUUUGUUCACCUUUAAUCCAUAUGUAUAAAGAGUCACACUGGGUGGCCGGAUAUGUACACAGCCAGCAUUUAAACCCAUAGCCAAAUGUAUUGAAUUUAAAGAGAGAUGGCUCACACAGGCCACAGACUAUAUGCAUUAUAAUGUGCAAUUCUAACAAUCAGUGGGGCAGUAUUGUCUGUGGCACACAGAAACCAAGCAAAUAGUCAUUCCCAGUGCAGUGAAAGGAAAACAUGGCUAUUGUUGUUGCAUGUCCGAGCUGGGAUGGAAAGAGUAUUAUUCAUUUGGAACAUAACUUGUUUAUAUUCUGGCUGAAACUUGGCUGCUGGGUGGGAACUGGGAUUUGAACUGUGACUGUUUCAGAAAGGAUGAGGUCUUGAACAACUUGUCAGUCAGCGCGGCGAGCCAAAGCCAGUGCUCUCCUGACAGGAGGGGGACCCAUAAUGGCAGGUCAGGGAGUUGAAACCCAUGUUUGGUGCUCAUUCAGAGCCUGUGUCCUGUGUUAAAUUUGACCACUGAUGUCUUAUCUCCAUGAGAAACAGGAGCAUUUAAACUUCAUGAUUCAUGUCCGUACUCUCCCCCAGGAUGUGUGCCAUCCAGUUGAUUGUAGAAUAGUCAUCCAGAAACAGCAUGCAGUCCAGAGUCUGAAUUAUUUGUGUGUCAGCACUGAAGCAAAAUAUCUUUGUUUUGGUGACCGGUGUGAUAAGCUCUGUAUUUACUGUAUACUUUCCUAAAAUGAGAUUAUUUUUCCAUGCCCAUGUUUAUUGUUCAGUGUUUUUUAUUACUGUCAAUCAAUGUUUCAAAUCACUACCUCUAUAUCAUAACAUAUUAAUGACCAAGUAUUAGAGCACUGUUGUUACUUUCUCUACGUUAUUUCAGACCUCUUUUAAUAUAAUGAUGUUUUACUUUACAUUUAGCAAUAAGCACAGUCUCCAGUGUAGAGACUCAGAGCUACACCAGAUCUGUAGUGAUUAUCACUGGUUAGAGGGACCUACAAGAGUCUUCUGAAGAGAAACAGUUUUCAUAAAAGGAGAGCUGAACUGGUCCUCUGAGCACAGACCAGACACUGUGUGGAACAGGAGAUGGUUUCCCAAAGCCUUUGUAGCCUCAAACCAAUGGUGACCAUCUUUGGCUUUAAAAAUAAAGCUGGACUUUUUUGGAAAUCAACUUAUUUUCUUGCUAAGAGUUAGAUGAGAGAAUUGAAUCCAUUGUUGUGCCUGUACAUUAAAUAUGAAGCUGGAGCCAACAAUCAUUUAACUUAUCAAACAAACAAUUAACUUAUCUUAGCUUAGCAUAAAGACAGGAAACAGGUGGAAACAGCCAGUGUGGCUCUAUCUGAAGGUUUAAAAAUCCAUUUAGCAGUUCAGCUAAAGUUCAGGACUUAACAUAUUAUAUUUAUUUUGUUUAAUCUGUAUGAGAAGUGAUGUAAGAAACAACACUUUGUGGUUUUAUGAGGGGAUUAUGUGCUAAACUGUUUGUUGGCUCUGAUCAUUUGCAGCCAGCUAAGAGUUCAGAUAAAGUCUGGUGCAACUUAAGUUGUUUUCAUACUUCAGUUUUUGUACAGCUUUGACAAGCAAGACAUAAGGUCAUCAUCUGUGAGUUUUAGAGGUACUGGCAGGCACAUUUUGUUAUAGAGCCAGGCUAGUUGUUUCCCUUGUUUCUAGUCUUUAAGCUAAGCUAACAGAUUGCUGGUUUAGGUACCUAUUUACCUUACACAUGUGACAAUUGUAUCAUUCCUCUCAUCUAACUCUCUGCAAGAAUGUGAAUAAGUGUAUUUCCCAAAAUUUACUUUGCCUUUAAGUUUUUCUUACUUUAGCUGUUCCUGUUAAUACAUUUAUCAUUUUCAGCAUUGAUUUCUCACUAAUUUAGCAUGCUGGGAACAAUAAAACAAAUGCUUUGGGAAACCUAAGAGUCCCCGAACUUCAGUACAGGUUGCACUUGUGUUUGAGAUUGCAAAGCACAUACUGUACAUUAGUCCACUGGAAUAAUAAUUUCUGUUGAAGGCAGAACUGAAGGAGCAAAUGGACUCAGAUUGAAACGCUCCACUCAUGCAGACAUACAUGACAUAUCAAUGACAUUCCACCUAAAAGAGGUGUGGCACUGAAAUAACUUUAUGGGGGCCUCUGGGGCUCCAGCUGUUACUUAUCAUGACCAAAGUUUGUUAUUUUAAAGUAGUAAUUCUGAACAAUAAAAAACUAUUACUAAUUCUACCAGGACACAUUAGUAUUUAGAGAUGCCUCUAGUCAUUUCAUCAUCACAACAUUUCAAGAUAUACACAUAUUAAUAUCCUCUCCUAUGUCAGUAUAAAACAGCAGUGUGCUUUGUAUCUGCACAGUCUACAUUGUACUGUAAAAGUAUCCCUGUUCUAGCCUCCAGUGUCUUAGUAGCCUAUGGAGACCUGUUAUACUUAACUAUAUAAGAUUUUAUAAUCCACAAGCUUGUGUAUUGCAUAGUGCACACUGUAGAGAUGUAUUUGUAACUUCAUUUUAGCUGUGCUUAAGCAUCUCUUCUCUUCAUAUGCUAUGUAUAAAGAAAAAAUAUACACUCUUUAUUUGCUGCUACACCAUUUGUGCCCAAUUAUAAUGUCUUUGUAGAAAACAAUGCAGUUUUAUGUUGUAUUAGUAUAUAAAUGCCAAUUAAUCAAUUCAGUGUCCUCAUAAAAGUGUAUAAUGCAUCAUCAGAUAUAUUGAAAAUUAUACCAGGAUACAACCAUGAUGUUCCAGAUGUUAUUAAAGGAAAUGUCUUAUUUUUUGUA